AUGUUUCACCUAGGGUUAAACGCGGCAGUAAGUUCGUUUAGCAUUUUCACGAGGUAUGUUUUUUUCAAGAUUGCAGCAGUGACUGUUGGUGCUUUUAUUGGGUAUUGGCUCAACCACGUUGCCCUGGACUACUACUACCGACGUCUUUUGGAUAAGAAGAGGAAUACUAAAAUUUCAAAACUUGCCCAGGCUAAGGAUGCUUUUGCUGAGUAUCUCGCCCAACGCAAAAUUCCCCAAAAUGACAUCGAGAUGAUCACACAAUUGCCACUUCAUGAGCUCAUUGAAAAGUUGAAAAAGCAGGAACUUCCCCCAGCUUAUGUCCUUCUCGCUUACCAACACAAGGCUUUUCGAGUUGAUAAGGAGCUCAACUGUGUCGUCGAGUUCCUUUACCCGGAGUUUACAGAUGUGAAUCUAAAAGGACCACUUGCGGGGGCCCCUGUCAGCUUGAAAGAGUGCAUCGGAAUCAAGGGCUUCGAUACCUGUGUUGGCUGUGCUUGCUACGUCGAUCACGCCUCCAAAAAUGACGCUGUCGCACUUCAGUUAAUCCGUAGCCUUGGUGGAGUUCCUUUUGUGAGAACUACCGUACCCCAGACCAUGAUGAGGCAAUGUUUAGUUGAGGAGGCGGAAUUGCAGCACAUCCUUGUCUGUGGGAGUGACGACUUAUUCUCGUCUCGUUUUAGCACUCAGUGCAGUAAUCCAAUCACUGGGGUGACCCUAAAUCCCCUCAGGAAGGACCGAACUCCCCACGGCUCUAGCGGAGGUGAGGGGGCUCUGGUUGGUGGCGGCGGGUCCCCCCUGGGAUUUGGCACGGAUGUCGGUGGAAGUGUUCGUUUGCCUGCUGCCAUGUGCGGCGUAGUUGGAUUCAAACCGACAACCAGACGUUUGAGGUGGGUUCUUCGGCCAUGGGCUUAUCGCAACAUGUCAAUUGUGUCUACAGCGAAGCCUAUUUCUCCGACAUGGGGUCCAAUUUGCCGCGAUGUGGCCACUUGCCAGAUGGUGAUGGAGGCGUUGUUUAAUUCCCCGGUUACGCGAUCAGUCGACCCCGAAUGCCCACCGGUGCCGUUCAACCAGGUUCCAAAGGACCGUCGCCUCCGGAUUGGCUACUUUCUGAAGCUGGAUGACUUGGUGCCGGUUCCCGCCGUCCGCCGUGCUUUGCUUCACGUGCGGGACAAACUCAUUGCUCGGGGUCACGAGCUUGUGGAAUGGGAAGCCCCCUUUACCGCCAAGGAGUACAUGAGUCUUUUCCUCAAGAGCAUUUUCGCGGACGGCUGCUCGGAGAUCAAGCGGUGCGUCGCCCACGACAAACUCGACCCCUGCAUUCGCCGAAUCUACCAGUUGUCUGUAAUGCCCUGGUACCGACGAUGGUGGCUCAAAUUCAAGUUGAACUUGACCGGCUCCUGGGAAAGUCUAGCCGUAGUAAACGCAGUGGGCGGUUUCUCCAGUGUCGCAGACCUUGAGUCACACCUUCACACCCUCCAAAAGUUCCGCUGGCGAAUCCUGGACAGUCUGAGGGCCAAGUCACUGGACGUGAUCCUCUGCCCGGUCGCAGGUUUCGCUGCGGCAUUGCCCAUAAACCCACCUUACUCCACCACGGGGAUGCUGACGUUCCAGAACCUCGCGAAUACCCUAAAUGCACCGGCAGGUUGCAUGCCAUCGGGGUGUGUUGUGGAGGAACGGGAUGUCCAGGUCCUUGAACAGGCCGUCAAUGGUCACGAAAUUCAGUCGUCAGAACCUCAAGAAGCCGAGUUCUACAAGGGGUAUAGGGCUCUUUCCCCACUCCAUCGCCACAUGCUCCCUCUCCAACGCGGAACCGAGGGAUUGCCGAUUCCGGUCCAGUUCAUGUCCCCGCCCUGGCAAGACGAGCUUUGUCUGCACGCGAUGCGAGAAGCCGAGCUGGCUCUUCAAGCCCCCACCAGCCCCCUACAUGUCCCUGGCGGCGGAUUCGCGCCUCUCAAGUCCUUCUUGUAA